AUGUGUGCUAAUAGCUUCAUCACAAGAAUCGAUGAAAUAAACGAGGAGGUCGACGCUGAUUUGCAAGAGCUGAAGACAGUCGCAACCCAGCUGCAAGAGAAAGUCGACACGAUCCAAGUAACAGUGGAUCGAAUCCUUGAACACCUUCAGCAAGGAGAUCGAAAGGAGCCUACUGAAAAAAAACCAAGAGACGUCAAUACCACAAGACGAACACUUGUCCGCCCGUUCGUUGUGGUGAACAACCGUCGCCAGGCUCAAGAUUUGAGCACAGACGUUCUGAGGCAAUUCAUUGCCUUACACUUUUUUGCCGUUUACGAAGAAGAGCUGUGCGGCAACGCCAUGACGAACAUAAUGCUCGAAACGACGAUGAUCAUCCAAGAGAUCAUCACCGAGGAGGGCAUUUCUCUUGCAACGGCAUGGAGCUCAAUUGACCCUAGCAUACAAAAAAAGUAUGCUUUGAUGCUAGAGGUCAAUUGCAAAGCAUUUGAUGUUCACUUUGACCAAUGCGUCAAUUCGUGGGCAACGAGUCUGGAAACGACCGACGACGAGUCAUCCAGCAGCGGUGACGACGAGGAGCAAGAGGAGGAGGACAACAGUCGUCCGAGGGAACUUGGACAUCCAAAGGCUCUUCUCGGUUAUUGGGCGUUCGAUAAAGGAAGUUGGAAGCUCACGGUGGACAACACGGGUAAGGUUAACACUGCUACUCGGUUGUUCAUUCGUGAUAAUGUCUUCACCAGUGCUGUGCGUGCUCCCUCGACCUCGUUUGUCAAGUUCACAUGCUGGGUGAACACAAACAACGCCCCCGGAAUGCGCAACGCCAAAGAGCAGCGUCAGUAUCUCGGUACUGUAAAACAGUUCUUCUCGCAUCAGUUCGAGGGCGACCAUAGGUUACUUGUACUUGCCGAGGUAUACAAAACCGAAGCCGUCACUGGGCAUCCUUGGCCACGCAUGACUGAAAACAGUCAAUCAAAAUACAAGUUUUCAGCGUGCAUGACAUUGAUUGUUCUGUAG